CGCUGGAGGAGGCGCGGGGGGUUGUGGCCGCGGGGUGCCCGCGUGACGCUGCCAGAAGUCCCGAGCGGCCGGCGUCUGCAGGAAGAAGGAAACCACAGACCAAAUUCUGCCUAAAUCCUAAGGAAGUAUGACAGAAUGACAGGCAUGGAGACGGAAACGGCAAGAGGCAAACCUGUGGAAGAGGAAAGCACUGAACAGAAAAAAGAACGGGAAAAAAAGAAGAGGUCAAGAGUUAAACAGGUUCUGUCAGAUAUAGCAAAACAAGUGGAUUUCUGGUUUGGAGAUGUCAAUCUUCACAAAGACAAAUUCCUCCGAGAGCAAAUAGAAAAAUCUAGAGAUGGAUAUGUAGACAUUUCACUUCUUAUUUCUUUCAACAAAAUGAAAAAAUUGACUACUGAUGGAAAGUUGAUAGCCAGAGCAGUUAAAAGUUCAUCAGUUGUAGAAUUGGAUUUGGAAGGAACAAGAAUUAGAAGACGCCAGCCAUUGGGUGAGCAACCAAAAGACGUGGAUAGUCGCACUGUAUAUGUGGAAUUGCUUCCCAAAAAUGUCAACCACAGUUGGAUAGAGCGGGUGUUUGGAAAAUGUGGCAAUGUAGUGUAUGUCAGCAUUCCACGUUAUAAGUCCACUGGAGACCCAAAGGGAUUUGCAUUUGUUGAAUUCGAAACAAAAGAGCAAGCGGACAAGGCUAUUGAGUUUUUGAAUAAUCCACCAGAGAAGGCACCAAGAAAACCUGGGAUAUUCCCCAAAACAGUAAAAAAUAAAUCUGUUCCUGCACUGAAUACAAGUGAUUGUAGUGUUGUAGAAGAGAAGAAAAAGAAGAAGAAAAAGAAAUCCAAAAUGAAAAAGGAGAGUAGUGUACAGUCAGCUGUAGAAACGAAAGAAACAAACAUGGACACCGCACCAGAACAAAUAACAAAAUCAAAGAGGCACAGGACCACAUCUGACUGCUCUGAAAUGGAAGGAUCUGAGGUCCAUAAGCAACCAUCUAAGAAAGAGAAAAAGAAAUGGGAUAGAACAGAAAGCAUGGAGUUACCUGAGGAAAACAGGCCAGGGAAGAGAAAAAGAAGCAGCUCUGGAGAUGCAGAGGCAGUAAGUGCAAAGGUCAAGAAAACUGCUCAGAAAGAUGAGGUUCAUUCUAUCACAGAGGAAACAACAGAACUUCAAAAGGAUUUGAAUGUUUCUGCAGAAGAAAAAGACGUUGCUGAUAAGAAAGAUACAUCCCUUUCAAAAUCUAAGAGGAAGCAUAAGAAAAAGCGCAAAGAAAGGCACAAGAUGGGAGAGGAAGUAAUUCCACUGAGAGUACUCUCAAAGAGUGAAUGGCUGGAACUGAAGCAAGAAUAUUUGGCCCUUCAAAAAGCCAGUAUGGCCUCUUUAAAGAAAACAAUGUCCCAAAUCAAACCUGAGACUGCUGAAGAGAUGGAGACAGAAAGCUGUGCCCAAAAACAGCUUCACACAAAAAAUGCCACCAAUGAAGGGUCUGGCCCCCCUGCAAAGGCUAGUACAAUGGGACCACAGUUUGUGAGUGGAGUAAUUGUGAAGAUCAUUAGCACUGAGCCCCUGCCAGGCAGGAAACACAUCAAGGAUGUUCUGGCAAUGAUAGCUAAUGUUGCUUAUGUGGACAUGCUGGAAGGAGACACAGAAUGCCAUGUUCGUUUUAAAACACCUGAAGAUGCACAGGUUGUGAUGAAAGCAUAUAAAGAAGUUCAGAUUAAAAACAGUUGGAAACUUGAAGUCCUUACUGGUGAUCACGAACAGAGGUACUGGCAGAAGAUCUUAGUGGACAGACAGGCUAAACUUAACCAACCUCGAGAAAAGAAACGGGGCACUGAGAAGUUGAUUGCCAAGGCUGAAAGAUUGAGACUAGAAAAGGCACAACAGUCAACUCAGCACAUCCGCUUCUCUGAAGAUGAGUAACCAAGGCUGAUUGUAUUCUGUGAAAGGAUUUUUUUAAGUAGGCACUGGAUAUUUUAACUUAACCAUAAACUGUAAUGAAGAACUCAAAAACAAUACACUUGUAUCAAAAACAAUACAUUUGCGUCAACAAUACAUUUGCGUCAUACAUUUGCGUCAUAAUAAGAGUGCAACAACAAAGAUUGUUUUUAAAGGCUGAAUGUUUACUGCUCCUGAGCCUGUAGAUAAAGCUUUCUGGAAAAAAAAUGUAUUAAACAAAACUUGCUUUGUUUCACACUUAGAUUUAUUUCUGACAAUUUUUGUAUAUUACAGUUUUAUAAGGUAGGUUACAAAAAAGACCAAAUAAAAUAUUUUAGAAAUCCA